AUGUCCCUUGAAGCGCUGGCCGAAACUCUUCCGGACUUCACCUUCGUACCCUUUGAAAAGGCUGUCGAAAACGAGGUCUUGCAUGGCUGGGAGGAUGACUGGGUCAGUACAGGUGAAUAUGAUGAUGAGAAAUGGGGCAAACUCAAAGAACCCAAAGUCGAUUUUGUCUAUUUAUGGGUCAACGGUUCGGAGGAUGAGUUUCAGAAGACCAUCAGACCAUGGGAAGAGAACUCUGUAUUAAAUGAUCCCGUGGGGGAAUGGAUCAAAUCCCAUGGUGUAAAUCGAUACCGCGACUGGGAUGAGCUCCGCUAUUCGUUUCGCAGCAUCGAAAAAAAUGCCGGCCAUUUCAUGAACAACAUCAAGGUCUUAGUGAAUGCGAUCUACGAUAAUGAUUCACCGGUUCGAAAACAGCAACCCACAUGGCUCGAUCUUGAGGACCCUAAAGUGUCCAAGCUUGUCCAGGUUAUUGCCCAAGAGGAGUUAUUUGAAGCAGACAAGAAGGCCUGCCUGCCUACCUUUAAUUCUCUGACAAUGGAGAACCAAAUUUUUAAUACUGAGUCCGAUAUUGACCAGGCAAGUCCGUUCUUUGCCAUGUCGGAUGAUAUGCUGCUCACACAGAAGCACGCACCUGCCGACAUAUAUUCUCCUCUAUUUGGGCCAGUGCUUAGUUUCAAGACCAAUGGUUAUAACACUGUUUCACAGCCUACUGACGUGGAUGCGAAGCGUUUUGGGGAGAAGCCCUAUCUUAUCUACACUUCAUGGCUGCUCAAUAAGCGCUUUGGUACCAGAAAACGCAAAGGUCAAAGCCACUUCGGGCACUCUCUAUCUCGCAGCGUUAUGCGAGAGGCGAUCGAAGCGUUCCCCGGGCCCGAGUUGAGGAGCGUGUAUCGGCGUUUUCGAGGAGAACCCGGGUUUCAGCUUUACUCCUGGUACGUCACCAAUCACUACUUGAUCGAGCGGCAUCGCGAGGCUCUGAUCUGGAGCUACAUCAUGUUGAGAAGUGAUGUCAACCGCGGUGGAGUUUUGUCUUGGUCGGAAAGACAGCAGGUCAUGGCCGAUCUGGCGGCCGGGGCAGAGAAUGCGAAUAAAGUAUCCUUCCGACGCAAGAUCUUCUACCAUGUACCUGCGGCGCUCACCAAGGCCGGCCUUGAGGCUCCCGCUGUGAACACCGACUCCCUCUGGACGUCUCUAGAUGGCCCUCAUGCUAUCAGAGACGCAGACUGCUCACAAUUCUCGGUGUCCGAAUGUCUCGCACCAGGAUUUGACAUUGAUGACUCGGAAACUUCCAAUCCCAAUCCUACAUUCAACGCAGCAGUGAUCCAUGACCGGCUGUCACGCCAAAACCCCAAGUGCGGCGACUGUCUGCUCAAGAACCUCCUUCAACAGACUCAGGCGGGGCUUGGACCGCUCCUGCCUCACGCGGAGACUCAGCAAACUGACCGGGAAAUCGUGGUCAAAGCCAUCAUGCGGUACCAGUACAUAGUUGUGGACCCCUCCAAUUCUCUUUUCGUCAUGGUCACAGAUGCCGAUCAGAUAGAUAGCACCCUACACCGACAUUAUAUCAAAGAGAAGAGAGAGCUUCCCGGACAGAUGUGCUUGAACGAUGAUGUCGUGACCGAAGAAGAUCAGGAGCUGAAAGAUGUCCAACAGGCUAUGAGGGACUUCUUAGGUGGACUAUUUCCAGAGACGGGCACGGCUGAGCGGUCAUGA